UACUGCCGAAAAAUGUUAGAUUUAAAAAUCGAACAACGAGUUAACAUUAAAUUUCUUGUAAAAUUAAAAAAAACUGCCACGGAAUCGUUUCGAAUGUUAAGUGAAGUUUAUGGUGAAGAAUGCUUAUGCAGAGCUCAUGUUUUUGAAUGGUAUAAACGGUUUAGCAGUGGAAGAGAAGACGUUGAAGCCGAUGAUCGUCCUGGACGUCUUCAACAAAUGAAAACAUUGAAAAAAUCGAACAAAUUAUUCGGCAAGAUCGUCGAUUAAGUGACGAUUAAGAGCUGUAGCAGAG